AUGAUUAAUUGUCAUUUUGUGUCCUCUCAGGUGGAAAUCCUUGACUGGGAGACAAAGAAACAGCUAUGCUUCCUAGAUAAGGUGGAACCAAAUGCUACAAUUAGAGAGAUCAGAUUGAUGUUCCAUAAAUUAUAUCCUCGGUGGUACCCUGCAAGGCAGUCAAUAAAACUUGAUCCAAAAGGAAAGUCCCUGAGGGAUGAAGAAAUCCUGCAGCACCUCCCUGUUGGCACAACUGCUACCUUAUACUUUAAAGAUUUAGGGCCACAGAUAGGAUGGACUACGGUAUUUUUGAUAGAAUAUACAGGUCCAUUGUUCAUCUAUUUUGUGUUUUAUUUCCGCAUGACUUUUGUCUAUGGACUGGAUGAGAGAUGUACAUCAAGUCCACACCCAGUAGUUAACUUGGCAUGUAUCUGCCAUUCUUUCCACUACAUCAAAAGGUUGAUUGAAACUGUAUUUGUUCAUCGAUUCUCCCGUGGGACUAUGCCACUGAGGAAUAUUGUGAAGAACUGCUUAUAUUACUGGGGAUUUGCAGCUUGGCUUGCAUAUUACAUCAAUCAUCCUCUUUACACUCCUCCUUCUUAUGGGAAAAAACAGAUAAAUUUUGCUGUGAUCAUGUUCCUGCUGUGUGAAGCUGGAAAUUUUUCCAUUCAUGUUGCACUCAGUGACCUCCGGAGAAAUGGAUCCAAAACCUGUAAGAUCCCAUAUCCAACAAAGAAUCCUUUCACAUGGCUGUUUUUCUUUGUAUCUUGCCCUAACUAUACAUAUGAGGUGGGGACCUGGAUCAGUUUCACUAUCAUGACUCAGUGUGUUCCAGUGGGACUGUUCACCUUGCUUUGCUUCAUUCAGAUGACAGUCUGGGCAAAGGAUAAACACUGCACCUACUUAAGAGAAUUCAAGGACUAUCCAAGUCAUAGAAUGCCAAUUAUUCCCUUUUUGUUGUAAGAAAAGAAGGCUCAAUUUGAAUAUUGCACAGAACCUCAAGAAGAAAACCUCAUAAAUGUCCUGCCAAAUAAAUAAAUAAAUUAAAAGGAUUUUGGUGCAUGUUGAAUCUCCACUGCUAAGGGAAAUUGUAUGCACUUGAAAGCUACACUUCCUUACAUUCAAGAAUUCUCAACUCAGAAGCACCUUAAAAGAUAAGUCUUCGUUGCACAGCUGCAAAAAAAAAAGUCCCUGCAGUUCACUGUAACCUGCCUUAGAUUUUUCUGUACUAGUCUGUUUAGAUUGAUGGAUCAGAGAUCCUGAGAAGUCUGUGCUGAAAAGCAGCUCCAAAUUUAGCAGUGGCAUUCUGCAAGACAGAAGUACACUGGAACGAGGACACACCAGCUAACUACAGAGCUCAGUUCAGCCAGCAUGGCAGCUGGCCUCAGGACAGUUGCAUGAUCUGCCUUCUUUGACUUGAAGACGAGUGUGCUGCCUGGAGGCAGGGGCUUUGUAACAUAACAUUACCAAAGAAUAUGAAUGGUUCCUGGAAUAAAGAAAUAGGCCAUAUCUCAAAAACCUGAUUUGGGUCUAACACCUAAUUUGCCAAAAGAAUCUUAAGUAAGAAAUAUUUGCAGUAUUUGUGAAUGUGCUGGGUUUUUUGCUUGCUUUUGGUCUUCUCAUUAGUAGUUGCAUACUAGUAAAUAAGAUUCAGAAGCAAUCUAACCUAUGUCAUAUCUUUGACAUCUGGCCUGUUUUGAUAUAUAACAUCUCCUUAUGAUGCUAAUUGACCUUUUACCCAGCAUUUUACAUUAGGCUUCUCUCAGUAGUUUAAUACACUUUGUAAA